UCCACCUGUGGAAAAAGUUACCCUUACAAGAGUUGUUUAAAUAAUCACAUGAGAAUUCAUACAGGUGAAAAACCGUUCACUUGUGCAGCUUGUGGAAAAUGUUUCCAUCUAAACGACUCUUUAAACAGACACAAGAGAAUUUUCUUUGGUGAGAAAUCUUACACAUGCACAAUCUGUGGAAAAAAUUUUGUGUCUAAAUGUCAGUUACUUGCUCAUAUGACGAUUCAUACAGGUGAGAAACCUUUCUCAUGUGAGACCUGUGGAAGAAGAUUCACUCAAAAGCAAAGUUUAACUGUUCACAGGAGAUCUCACACAGGUGAGAAACCUUUCUCAUGUGGGAUUUGUGGAAAAUGUUUCACUCAAAAACAGAACUUAACUUCUCACAACAGAAUUCACACAGGUGAGAAGCCUUUCUCCUGUGAGACCUGUGGGAAACGUUUCUCGAGGAAAUAUAAAUUAGUUAAUCACAUCAGAAUUCACACGGGUGAGAAACCUUUCUCAUGUGAGACCUGUGGGAAAAGUUUCUCUCAAAAGCAAAUCUUAACUGUUCACAUGAGAUCUCACACAGGUGAGAAACCUUUCUCAUGUGGGAUUUGUGGAAAAGGUUUCACUCAAAAACAGUGCUUAACA